AUGAAGUUGUUUGGAAACAAUUUGUAUGCUUCAAACAAAGCUGGUCAAACUGAUGAAGAUCGUUCAAAGAAAAGAAAAACGAGUGGUGACACAAUCAAGACAAAAGCUCGUGGUGAAGUUAGAACUAGUUGCAAGGCAAAAAUUACUAUUGUCAAACAACAAACUGGACCUGAUUGGAGUGUUAGUGUCUUUGCGGAAGGUUAUAAUCAUGGACUUUAUACUCCUUCAAAGGUGCAUUUGCUUCGAUCACACCGUAGUGUUUCUAUGGUUAAGAGAGUAUUGACUCAGCAAUUGUCCGAAGCUAAUAUACCGACAUGUCAACAAAUGCAAUUAUUGGAGAUAGAGUGCGGUGGAACUGAAAGUGUUGGUUGCACGGAGAGAGAUAUUAGGAAUUUUGAGAAAGAAUUAAAGGAUGAGCAAAAGGGGAUUGAUGCUGAAACUCUUAUAGAAUUCUUUACCUCAGAGAAAGAGAAGAAUAAAGCAUUUUUCUUUGAUUAUGAGACAGAUUCAGACAAUAGGUUCAGUAGAUGUUUUUGGGCAGAUCCUAAAUCAAGGGGGACCUAUAGUGUAUUUGGUGAUGUCGUUGUCUUUGAUUCCACCUAUAACACCAAUAAGUAUUCAAUGAUUUUUACGCCUUUCGUAGGGGUUAAUCAUCACCAUCAAACAAUAGUUUUUGGUUGUGGAUUUCUUAGUGACGAGAAGACUGAAUCAUAUGUUUGGCUACUUAAUAAGUUUAUGGAAGCUAUGCCAACAGGUCCACCAAAAUCAAUCAUCACUGAUCAAGAUCCUGCAUUAACAAAAGCACUUGCACAAGUUUUGCCAGUUCAUCGUUAUUGCUUGUGGCAUAUAUUGAACAACCUCAGCGAGCUCCUAAUAUACGAAGCACGCCACAUCCCUGAGCUCGGCGGCCGAAUCGAGGUGAUCCAAAUGAAGCUCCGGCAGCUGCAAUCCAUCCUCGAGAUCGCCGAUGCCAGGCAUGAAAUCGACAAAGGAAUCCACAACUGGAUCGCCGAGACCAGAGAAGUCGCCUACGACAUCGAAGAUCUCCUCCUCGUAGUCCUCUCCCCGCCUAAUUUUGCAAAAGAAGGAAGAUGA